CUCUGCAAGCGGGCAGCCCCGCUGGGUCCGAUGCCCAACGAGGAUAUUGACGUCAGCAACUUGGAAGCGCUGGAAAAAUACCGCAGUUUCACUCGCUACUUCAAGCUGGCGGAAAAGGAGAGCAGAAAGCCCCGCUGGUGGAAGACGUACCGGCAGCCCACCCGCNUCUCUGAAGAGCCAAAGACUGACAUCAGCCUACCACAUGGUAAGCUGCUGCGGGCAAAGGAAAUCAAGGAAAGAAAAAAGAUCCUGAGGGAGAACCACCAGAGCUGCCUCCUGCAGCGUUUCUCUCUCCUUGCAGUGCUGAUCCCCCUCGAUGAAGUCAGAGCUGAGUGGGAGAAGACCAGCGGCCCGUUCCACAAGCAGCGUGUGGCGGAGCACUGCGGGAUAUUUCGUGACUUGUUCAAGGGGGCCACGUUCACCCCCUGGGUUACCUUGAGGGUGGAGUACAGCCAAGAAGACGAGCACCUCGUGCCAGUCUACUAUGGGAACAUGGUGACUCCAUCAGAGGCUUCCAGUCCCCCUGCAGUGUCAUACGAGGCAGAUAAAGGCUCCCUCUGGACUUUGUUGCUCACAAAUCCAGAUGGACAUUUAAGAGACUCGGACUCGGAGUACCUCCACUGGCUGGUGACGAACAUCCCAGGCAACGACAUCAAGUCGGGUAAGGAGAUCUGCCAUUACUUGCCCCCCUUCCCUGCCAUGGGAACUGGCUACCAUCGCUUCGUCUUCCUCCUCUUCAAGCAAGACUGCCCCAUAGAUUUCAGUGAGGAUGUUCGGCCAAUGCCAUGCCACAGCCUCAAGAUGCGAACCUUUAGCACGUUUGACUUCUACAGAAAGCACGAGGAUGCAAUGACCCCGGCAGGACUGGCGUUUUUCCAGUGUCAGUGGGACAGCUCCGUUACUUGGGUCUUCCACCAGCUUCUAAAUAUGAGGGAGCCUGUGUUUGAAUUCGUGCGGCCGCCCGUUUACCAUCCUCCACAGUUAAAGUUCCCGCGCCACCAGCCUCUGAGGUACCUGGACAGAUACCGAGACACCGAGGAGCCCACCUACGGCAUUUACUAGGGGCCUGGCCUCCUCUCGAGGCACUCUGGUGUACGCUGGGAUGCCGGCCAGGCAGAUGGGGCUGCCGCCUUCCCUGCAUUCACACAGCUGUGCAGCUGGGAGCCGUCUGCGCCU